AUGGGUGUUGUUGAGAAAGGCAAGAAGAUUUUUGUUCACAAGCAUGCCCAGUGCCACACAAUGCAAAAGGGAGGCCAGCACAAGACUGGGCCUAAUCUCCAUAGUCUCUGCAGGCAGGAGACAGGUGAGGCCGUUGGAUACUCUUACACAGACACCAAUAAGAACAAAGGCAUCACCUGGGGAAAGGAUACACUGAUGCAGUAUUUGGAGACUCCCAAGAAGAACAUCCCUGGAACAAAAAUGAUCUUUGCCAGCAUUAAGAAGAAGGCAGAAAGGGCAGACUUGAUAGCUAAUCUCAAAAACGCUACUCAUCAGUAA